AUGAAUCCUUGUGUGUGGCUUCAAACCUAUGAUGGUUCAAUCCAACAGGUGGAACAAGAGAUUGCAAUGUUUUGUCCUUUUAUAUGUCAAGAGUUAAUAUUACUUCCUCAACAAGGAUCUUCCAAGACUUCUCCAAUAUGUCUUCCUCAACAAGUCACUCCUGCAAUCUUAACCUUAAUUCUUGAUUAUUGUCGAUUUCAUCACGUGAAAGGACGCUCAAACAAAGAACGAAAGUCUUAUGAUGAGAAAUUCGUUAGGAUAGACGCCCCUAGGUUAUGUGAGUUGACGUCUGCUGCAAAAUACCUUCAGUUAAAUCCAUUGUAUGAUCUCACAUGUCAUGCAAUAACUAGAAUAAUUGAAGGAAAAUCAUCUGAGGAGAUACGCGACAUAUUUCAUUUGCCUGAUGAUCUUAUGGAGGAAGAGAAGUUGGAGCUGAUGUUAAACCUAACUUGCGACCCAAGUAUCAGGCUUUUGAACAGCUUGUAUGCAAAGAAGAGAGAACAACUUAUAGAGCUCAAAAGGGUAACAAAGAAUGUUGAAGUUGAAGACGAAGAUGUAGUGGAUGGACGUUCAGUUGAUGAGCUAUUGUCUUUUAUUAAUGGAUCGAAUGAUGGAGAAACCAAGAGGAAGAAAACAUGCAAGAAUAAGAAGAACAGAAGAAAGAAAAAAGAUCAACAGAAGAAUUCUUCUUUGAAGGAAGAAGAUGAUCUUGUGGUUGAGUUUGAUGAUGAGAUUGAUCAGGCCUUACAGGAAAGAAUUGACAGGGAAGUCGAAGAAUUUGCACGCAGAUUAAAUUGUUCUUGGGAAGAGAGAAAAAAAGAAAUUCUUAGAGAUGCUGGCAAUCACAGGGAAAUUAUUGCAUAA